AUGGUAAAACUGAUGCAAAAUGCGAUACAAGAGAAUGAUGGUUUGUUAAAUACAGGGCUAAAUAUUCAGGUAGAUGCAUGGUCGCAACGCGGCAAAUUUGAAACCGUCGUGGCCUAUGAUGAUUUCGCCUAUAAACAUCUUUUUAAGGCGGGAAAAGCAUGCAAGACGUCGAAAAAUGGUCUGCAAGCAAUUAACUGA